AUGUCUAACGCCGCGGUUGGGCACGUCUACGACACCAUUAUCGCCGAGGUCGUCAAUGCAGUGCGCGUUGAUUUCGAAGAAAAUGGCGUCGAUGAGGGUGCGUUGGAAGACCUGAAAAAGACAUGGCAACACAAACUGACCCAGAUGAACCUGGCUCAAUUCCCAUGGGACCCCAAGCCAGAAGCGCAGCCUGCACCGACCCCGGCUAGUGGACCCCCAGCAGCCGCUCCUCCGAGUUCACUCCCUGCGACUACUGCCGGUUACACCCAGUCUACGUUGAGCCCCCAAGGCUCCGCGCAGACGCUGUCGCUCCCAGGCUCUUUCAUGCCGAACAACAACCCGAUGGCCAUGAAGCCAGAGCCCGGUUAUGUUCAGGCGGAGCCCACCAUUAAACAGGAGCCUGGGCUCCCCGCUGCUCAUCCUAGCUACAACCCCGCCAACGGAACCCGCCCAACGGCCGCACAGCGGGCUGCCCUUGCGCUUGAGAGCCAAUAUGGCCAGCGUGCUGCUGCAUCCAUCAGUGCCAUUCACAGCGGCAUGGCCCAGGUGAACCCGGCUGGUCAGCCUCAGCAGGGUCCGCGACCAGGACAGCAGCAGGUGCCGCAACACAUGAACCAGUAUCGCCAAGGUGUUGCGGCUACUAUGCAGCAGCGUAUGCAGCAAGUGUCCCGCCCCGCGCCACCGAACGGCCUUCCCCCGUCCCAGCUCGACGGGCCCGGGGAUGACACCGAAGAAGCGUCGCCGGCCGCGAUGGAUCGUGCCCAAAUUGACGAGCACCUCCAUGCGCAAAUUGCAGCGAGAGCCAAGCAGAUGGAGGGUGGCGGCUUGAUGUUACCGCUCAGUCAGGCUACCAAGAGUCGUAGCCUCGCUGGAAAGCGCACUACUGCCGAUGGCCCUGCCCAGCUUGACGGAGGGUUGGAUGAUGACGUCAAGAGCGAGGAAGCGGACGAGGACGCUAUCAAUUCCGACCUUGACGAUCCCGAUGAGGCCGGCGAUGAUGAUGAAGACGAGGAUGAUUCCAUGGGCCACAUGAUGCUAUGCAUGUACGACAAGGUGCAACGCGUCAAGAACAAGUGGAAGUGCGUGCUGAAGGAUGGGGUUCUCACUGUGAAUGGCAAGGAAUACGUCUUUACGAAAGCAACUGGCGAAUACGAGUGGUAA